UCUACAUUACAGCAUGUCGUGCAUCCUUCUUUUCAUGAAGCCAAUAUUAGAUGCCCUCUUUUGAAAAUUUAAAGGCAACUGAAUUUCAUGGAUUUUGAUGUAAGCUUAGCAGAGAUUGAGAAAAUAUAUGAAAUUGCAAUCAAGGGUUCAGAUGAAGACAAAAUAUCUGCUGCUACCAUUCUGUGUGGGGCAUCUCUGGUACGUGGGUGGAAUGUACAGGAGCUUACCCUUCUUUUUAUCACAAAAUUGCUUUCGCCUAUAGAUCCUCCUAAUUACUCUGGGGCUGACAGCCAUUUGACCAGCCAAGCUGCCUUUUUAAAUGUUUUACUUGUGGGAAUCUCAUCUGUAGACUCUGUUCAUAUAUUCUCCCUACAUGGUUUGGUUCCAUUACUUGCGGCAGGACUAAUGCUAAUAACUGAGGUUUUUGGAUCACGUGUUCCAGAAGCCUCGGGGACUCUUGCAACUGGAGAAAAACUCACUCAUUGGGAGGUAUUUUCUAAUGCAUUUACUCUUUUGCUGAGGUUUUGGCGGUUUGAUCGUCUACCUGUUGAACAAGUGAGAAGCAAUGCAACAGCUCCACCAUUUGGAUCACUACUUAGUCCUGAAUGCCUUUUAUUAGUUCGAAACAGUAAAUUGGCAUCGCUUGGAAGAACAACAAAGGAUCAGAAAAUGCUCAAAAGAUGGUCAAACAUUUUAAGCUUUCCUGCAGACCCUGUAUUUAUGGAUUUCUUCCCAAAAUUAAACUUUUGGUACCGGAAACAUCAAGAAGGCAUUGCUUCUACCCGCCCUGGUCUUGUGCCUGGAGGGCCUGUUCAUCGGAUUGUCGAUGCCCUACUAAGCAUGAUGUUUUCGAAGGUAAGUAAUGGAGCCGAACCUUCGACACCUACGACUUCAGAAAACAACAGUUCAUCUGGACUUGCAUUGGAUGAUGCUUUAAAAGUGCCUGCCUGGGAUAUCCUCGAAGCUAUUCCCUUUGUUCUGGAUGCUUCGUUGACAUCCUGCGGUUAUGGGAAACUCUCUACCCGUGACCUUGCUACAGGUCUCAAAGAUCUAGCCGAUUUCCUUCCGGCUUCUUUGGUUACUAUUGCAAGUUAUUUUUCAGCUGAAGUUACAAGGGGCGUAUGGAAGCCAGCUUUAAUGAAUGGAACUGACUGGCCCAGCCCUGCCUCAAAUUUAUCCCAUGUUCAACAAGAAAUAAAGAACAUCUUAGCAGAUUUCAAUGUCCCAAGCCUUGAUAUAGAUGGAAAGUCUCCACCCACACUUCCUUUGCCUUUGGCAGCUUUUGUAAGCCUGACGAUAACAUAUAAACUUGACAAGGCCACUGAACGAUUCCUUGCCCUGAUUGCCCCUACUGUGACUGACCUUGCUUCUGCUUGCCCCUGGCCCUCCUUGCCCAUUGUGACGUCUUUAUGGGUCCAGAAGGUGAAGCGUUGGAGUAACUACUUUGUGCUCUCUGCUUCCAGCACUGUUUUCCACCACAACAGGGAUGCUGUAGUUCAACUACUUAAAAGUUGUUUCACAUCCACCCUUGGCCUUGGCUCUGUCUGCAUUUAUAAUAAUGGCGGUGUCAGUGCCCUCCUUGGUCAUGGCUUAGUUCCUCAAAUAUCCGAUGGGAUCUCUCCAGUUGCUCCAGGAAUUCUUUACCUAAGAGUGUAUCGGUCUAUUGGAGAUAUCGCGUUAUUGAUUGAAGAAAUUGUGCCUAUUCUAAUGCUUUCGGUUAGAGACAUAGCGAGUGAUUUGCCCAAGGGGGUUAUAUGGAAAUCAAAGAAAACCCAUUUUGGGAUCAAAUAUGGCCAAGUAUCUCUGGCCAGAUCCUUGGCACGUGUGGAACAUGCCGCUCUACUCGGGGCUUCAUUGAUUUGGAUAUCAGGUGGACCAAAGUUGGUUCAAUAUUUGAUAAGUGAGACUCUGCCUUCCUGGUUUUUAUCAGCUUCCAUGUUGGAGCAGGGUGGUGGAGAAUCUGGAGUUAUGGUUCCCAUGGUCAAAGGUUAUGCACUGGCAUUUUUUGUCUUUCUUAGCAUAGCAUUUGCCUGGGGUAUUGACAAGUCGCAUGCACCCAAAAGACUGGCGAAGGUUAUUGGAUUGCACAUGGAAUUUCUUGAGAGUGCCCUGAACAGGACUACAUCAAUGCAUUGUGAUAGUGCUACUUGGGAGGCCUAUGUUUCAUGGUUUGUGAGCUUGAUGGUGAGCCGAGCUCCGUCGUGGAUUGAGGAAGUUGAUGAGGAUUUGCUGAAGAGACUGAGCAGGGGACUAAGUCGUAUGGAUCAACACGAGUUGGCUCUUCGCCUGUUGGAAAUUGGAGGGAUACGUGUGAUGGGUGCAGCAGCUGAAAUGAUAAUUCAAUUUAAACGUAUCUGAACUGAGGAAGACAUUUCACAGUGGCAAAAGGCAAUCACAUGUUGAACUUGCAAUAAAAAAAUAAAGAAUAUAAAUUUUAGGCUAUUAUUCUGACGAGAUGCGUGGUGUGCACACUUUGUGGGAUAACCUAUGCCAAAGUGGCAUUGUAACAACAUUCAGUGUAAUGUUCUGCUUAAAUCCUUGCGAAUAAUGCCAGAAUAUUGAA